AUCUUCCCCACAAAUUUUUGCUUUUCAUCUGUGUGUAUUUUAUUUAAAAAUCGCAUUUCUUUUUUGAUUUCUCUUGUUGUGUUCACAAUAUCACAUAGUGAAUUAGAAUUGGUCUUAUUGAUUAGUACAGUGAAGUUCAUAUGCAGUUUUUUUGUCUAUUUGUUCUUUAAGAGCUUUAUUUUUUUAUUUUUAUUUUUAGUUUUCUUACCCUAACUCAAUUUUUUUAUCUCUGUGUAUUUAAUUUAAAUAUCUUUUCUUUUUCUCUUUUUCUUGUUAUAUUAGUAACUUGAGUAUAGUGAAUAGAAUUAGUCUGUAGUACAGUAAAUGCAGUGUUACCUGUUAGUAGUAUUAACAUAUUGACUUAUUCAUUUGUUUCUUUCUCAUUGGGUUGCCAGGUCACCGUAGGUGCUGUAGGAGACUAGCUAGUGUUACUCCCAGUACACUAGAUACCAAGAUAUCCCCACAAUGAGUGGUGACAGAUCCUCCCACACAGAGGAGGAGGUGUUCCAGGGAUAUGAAGUCCUCAGAACCCUUGGCAAGGGCAGCUUCGGCAAGGUGAAGCUGGCCCGCCACGUGGAGAGUGGGACCAUGUUGGCUGUGAAGAUCAUUGCCAGAGGGCACGGGGAUUCCUCCGAGUUCCCACAAGCAAGGGUAGAAGCAGAGAUUAUGAGUUCUCUGCAUCACCCUCACAUUGUACAGCUAAUGCAGGUAGACUACACGGCAGAGAGAGCCUACCUGUUCAUGGAAUAUAUUAGCGUGGGGGACCUUGGAAAGUUAGUGGCAGUGCGCGGCCACCUUGAGGAAGGAGAAGCAUGCUACUAUUUCAGUCAGACCCUGGAAGCAGUGGAGUACUGCCAUAAGCAGCAUGUUGUCCACAGAGAUAUAAAAUUAGAAAAUCUCCUUGUGGACAGAAACAUGUGUAUUAAACUAAUUGACUUUGGCUUAAGCCAAAAAUUGGCUGAAGGCCAACAACUCAAUUCAUUGUGUGGCAGCCUCGAAUACUGUGCCCCGGAAGAAUUCUUAGGGAAGGAAUUCGAUGGCUACAAGGCUGACGUGUGGAGCCUGGGCGUGCUCCUAUACACCAUGGUGAAAGGGUGGCUGCCCUUUGAAGGGAACAGCUUUGCAUACUUGAAGGCAGCCAUCCUGGCUGGUUCUUACCUAAUCCCCUCCUCUAUAAGUGGGGAACUGGAGCAGCUGCUGGACUGGCUGAUGACCUAUGACCCUGCUGAGAGGCCCACAGUGGCAGAUGCUAUGGGCCACAAGUGGCUCAGCAUGGAGCAGAAAGGGCCCAAACUGAGUGAAGACACAGCCAAACAGACUCAGAGUUCAACCGAGGACGAGGACCUCAGUGAAAGUGUGGAGAGCCUGAGCUCUCAGGAGGGCCUCCGAGAACAGGACGGCCCCCUGUGGGGAAAAGCCCAGCUACAGGCUCACCUCAGAGGAGGAGGAAGUGAAAUUUACAUGGGGCUCCCAGGUCCUUCGCAUGUUACUGAAGGUCCAAAAUACCUCUCAGGCCUCCUCUUCCAGCUGGGCCAUGAGGAGGAGGAUGGCUGCUUGUCCCCUGCUCUGAGCUGGGGGAAAUCCCAGGAGGGCUUCAGUGGAGCAGCGAGACCUGAGCUCACUGAAGUGGAGCUUCUAGCAUCUCCCCAGGAUGCUGAGGCCCAAAGCUACCUGGUGGAGCUGGGCUUUCAGCUGAGCCGUAAAGCAGCCUCCCUGACACCCAGUCUCCAAGCCAGCGCCACGUCCCCAGUGCUGCCCGAAGGUGACCUGUCAUCAGGGCUAAAUGCCUGCCAUGGAGCCCGCAGGAUGGACGGUUCCCCACCUGGCAUGAUGAUCCACACUCCUCGCCCAGUCCUCAGGUAUAACAGCUCCAUGUCCUCUGCAUCCACUCUCAACACCAGCAGCAGUGAGGCCGGCAGGUCAGAUGGUCCCCACGCUGUCAUAAGGAGGAGGACCUACAUUCUUGGGCCAGUCCUCAGCCACAACAGCUCCUUGUCCUCCAUAGCCACUAUCAGUGUCACCAGCAGUGAGGCUGAGAGGACAGAUGGCCCCCAACCUGGGAUAAGGAGGGAGACCUACAUUCCCUGGCCAGGCCUCAGGUACAACAGCCCCGUGUCCUCCAUAUCCACUCUCAGCUCCAGCAGCAGUGAGGACCACUUAGCAGACAGGAGCUGUUCCCAGGGAGUGGCAGAGAAUGAGAGCCUCCCAGAAAACCAGCAGGACGAGAAGGCAGGGACCUCACCUGCUAAAGCUGCCAAGAGCAAGGGCCGCCGGGGGUUCUGCAGGAGGAUGGUGAACUGCCUUCUGCGGGUGUGUUGUAUCCUGCCAGACCCAGAGGAAGACCUCUGAAUUCAGAGGAGAAAAGUGGCCUCAUAGCUUCAUUCACUGGAAAUGCUGAAGAGGAAAUUAUGAUCCCUGCCUGGGAGGAGGGAUUGUGGGGAGGCAGUAAUAAAUAACAGGCAGGGAGUGAAGGCAAUGGGUCUCGUAGGAGGAACUAGGAUCAGGCGUCAGACCAGACCACACCACCAGGUCCUGUGUCUCAUGUGCAAGCAGCUGAUCAGGUGAGCACAACCUCACUUCAGUGUCAGGUCAGUGACAUUUCUCGGUUGUCACAUGGUUCAAGUAGUCAGCAGAAUAGCAUUUUUAUUGGUUAGCAUCCAUGACCAUUUGCUAGGCACCAGAAAAACAGACACCUGACAUUGAAAUGCUGUAGUGAAUGUAUCCAUUUAUAAGGACUUACUAUAGAAGCUCCUUUAGAAGAGGCAUAACAUACUGGGGCAAGUGCCAGCCUCAGGGGCUUUCUCUAUCUGGAUUCUGAGGACAGCCACACUGUGUGCAUUCAGCAGAACUUACAGAACUGCAUGCAUAAACAUCUCCUUGAUUCCAUAAAAAGUAGAAAGGAACAAAGAGACCAGGCCCUGGGACUUCCAAGAGCUGUACAAACCUUGCCUUCACGUCUAUGAGGUGUGUGGUACUGCGCAAGUACCUCAUAUUCUGAGCCCUGGUUACCACUAAAAAGUUGGGGAGGAGGCUCUGAAAAGUCCCUGUGACACAGUGAGGUCUGGAGUUUCUGGGAUGACAAAUCCAGCCAUGUGCUUGCUCAGGGAAACCCAGGUACGUGUGGCAGAUAAGCCUUCCUUCUAGCAUGAAUGUACUGGACUCUCAGGUUAUACUCAAAUAGUCUCCCAUCCUGUUUUGGGAUGUGUGCAGGGGCCACUGGCUGCUUGGGGGAUGACUGGCAGCUGCUGGCCCCAGUGGCCCACUUCGGUAUGUGAUGUCUGGGGUCACUAUCAAGUCCAGCCUAGUAUUGGCAGCUAUAGUCAAAUUGAGUAACUUUGGUCUGCAUUGAUAGAUAUUGGAGUGGGGGGAUUCUUUUACCUUUUAAAUUAUGCGAAUAAUACAAAACACAAAUGUUACUAUUUUAACCCUUUUUAAGUAUACAGUAGUGGCAUGAAGAGCAUUCACAGGGUUGUGUGCACAUCACCACCACUCCUCUCCUCCACAUGAAACACUCCCCUCCCCCCUCCCCAGCCUCUGGCACCCCCAGGUCUACUCCUUUCUUAAUCAAUGGGACAACUCUGUCUCAAGUAUUAUGCAGUAUUUGCUCUUUGAGAGCCAGAGAGAUGGGCAGAGCUCCCGUCAGCUGGUUCACUCCUUGCAGGCCUGUAAUGGCAAGUACUGGACUGGGCUGAAGCCAGGAGCUGGGAACUCAAUUCAGGCCUCUCAUGUGCAUGAAAUGAACCCAAUCACAUGAGCCAUCAGCUGCUUCCUCCCUGUCUGCAACAGCAGAAAUUUGGAGUCAGGAGCCAGAGCUGAGGGUAACUCUGACAUGGUACGCAGGCAUCUUAACUGCUUGCCCUUGGUGUUUGUCUUUCUGUGGCUGGCUUGUAUUAUCCAGUCCUCAGGAUUCAUGCCUGCAGUAGCAAGUGUCAGAAUAUCCUUCCUUGGAAAGGCUGAAUAAUACUCGGUGGUUCAGUUGGACCACAUUGUUUUCCCACACUCAUUUUCUUUUGAUGGCCCCAUGGGUUGUUUGCAUAUAGGGGUAAUAUGAAUAAUGCUGCUGUGAACAUGGGUACAAAUUACUCCUUGAGACCCUGUCUUCAAUUCUUCUAUUAUGUAUGUACUUAUGUAUUUGAAAGACACAGUGACUGAAAGAGAUCUCUGCCUCACUCCCCAGAUGGCCACUACAGUGAAGGCAGGCCAGGAUAAAGCCAGGAGCCCUGCACUCCAUCUAGGUCUCCCACACAGUUGACAGAGGCCCAAGAACUGGAGCCAUAAUCUGUUGCCUUCCCAUGAGUAUUAGCAGGAAGCUGAAUUGAAAGCAAAUUAACCAAGACUGGAACCAGACACUCCAGUAUGGGAUGUGGACCUCCCAAGUGGCAGUUUCAUUGGCUGCACCACAACACCCACCCCCGUUUCCAAUUCUUGGAGUCAUAUACCUAGAUAUAUAUACACAUAGAUGUAUAUAUACCUAGAUGGCUACUUGACAAUUCAAUGUUUAAAAAUUUGGGUGGCAGUUCUAUUUUGUGGUGUAGCAGGUUAAGCCACCACUUGGAGCACCCACACUCCAUAUUGGAGUCAGUUCAUGUUCCAGCUGCUCUACUUCCAAUCCAGCUCCCCGCUAAUGCUUCUGGGAAAGACUUGAAGGUUGGCUCAAGUACUUGGGCCCCUGCCACCUACAUGGGAAACCCAGAAGAAGUUCCUGCCUCUGGCCUGGCCCAGCUUGUCUGUUCUGGUCAUUUGGGAGGUGAAGCAGUAGAUGGAGGAGUCUCUCUCUGUCUCUCUCCUCCCACUCCCUGCCACAGACUUUGCCUUUCAAAUCAAUAAAUUUUUUUGGUUAUAAGGAAAUAGCGUUAUAUUUAUUUUAAUUUUAAAAGAUAUUUAUUAAUUUGAAAGGCAAAUUUACAGAGGCAGAAGCAGAGAGUGAAAGACAGAGAGCGUGAGAGAGAGAGGGAGGUAUCUCCAUCUUCUGCUUCACUCCCCAAAUGCUCACAACAGCCAUGGCUGGGCCAGGCUGAAGCCCAGAACUUGGAGCUCCACCCUGGUCUCCUACGGGAGUGGAAAGAACUCAAGUAUUUGAGCCAUCACCUGCUGCCUGCCAAGGUGCACAUGAGCAGAAAGAUGGAAUGGGGACCUUAACUUAGUCUAGAGUCCAGGAAAAGCAAGCUCUUCAGCUGGAGACCAGGACAGAAGGAGGUGCUGCCUCUCCUAUUCCCCUCCCCCAGCUGUUUAUGCUGCUGGCCACUCCCCACCUAUGCCCAUGCAUGUGUGUUCUUUCACCUUUUUAAUAAACUUCAUCAUUCUGGACAGUGUAUAUGUGCCUGUACUUAGACUGUCUCCCUAAGUAGAAGGCACAGACCUGGAAUACACAUUCAUCCGCCCCACUUACUUCACUUCUUAUGGGUGAGCCAGCCAGGUGUCUGAGAAAGCCCAACAGUGAACCAAAAAAGCAACAGUGGUAAGUGGAAUUCAAUUUGUUUCUGUCUCAGCUGUGCUAAGCUUUUACCUCCUUGUGAAAAUUCAAAAGUGUCUCCCUCAGUCUCACUGCUCUUGAUCUCAGGCAGAUCUGUUAAGAUGCAGUUGUGGGGACCUUGUUCCUAAGUUACAGCUAUAGGGGAGGAAAGGCGACAAUGAGAUGUCUUCGUAAGGAAGAUUGGACAGAGGAAUGGGAAGAGAGUUGGCCAGUUUGUGACCUUGUGCCCAAAAUCUUUGUUUCUAGUUUUUAGUGUGUUUUUUAAAUUCAUUCUUGCUGCUGAAAAACCUGGAACUUGGCAUUUAGUUUCUACUGGAUGCAAUACACCUGGCUAAAAAGUUCUGUCUUGAGAUUUUGAAUCAUGGUAUUUUCCUUAUUAAGAUGGGCAGGUGGGCCAAGCACUCGCCUUUUGCUAGCAAACUUCUCUUCAUCUGACUGGAGUGGUCCUCAAAACAGGUGUGCAGUGUAUAUGUGCCACACCCCCUGUUAGCAGGUGGUACUUCCUAACAUGGCAGGAGUUCCUCAACAGGAGCCGAGGGAGGGACUUUGCCCAACCAUGGAAGCCUCAAGUGUGACUUCAGCUUUUCAGUGGAUGAUGGAAAUGGACCCCACCUGACCAUGGUGGACCCCAAAGCUAGUGCAAGCCAUGUACCUAGUCAGCAGCACUACCAUUUAUCUUAGCUUUAUCCUGGUUUCUGCUGCCCUGGAAUACACACCCAGGUAUGGAUUUCAAUGCUACCUGAGGUCACAAGCUCUAGAUAUGCUGGUCCUAGCCCCAGAGAAUGUUCAGGACACAGAAGCUUCAGGGCUUACAACCUCUAGCAGCUGGUCUUCAGGCAUAGGCUGUGUUAUUUUUACAACCCAGAAGCUUUUCCUCCUGGUGUGAGGAACAGUGCCCCACUAGAGAUCAUUUCUUGAAGAGAUGACAUCCCAUAAGCUCAUGUUGGAUGCUGGGAAAAUGCCCCAAUUAUAUGUGCAUUUGCUCCCGAGUUGUUGGCACCUUUGCAAAAGCAGCAGCACUCUUCAACUGGCCAGAUUAUGUAAGGCAUGUUCAUUAAGACAUUUUAAUAGGGGCAUUGGGUAAUGAAGAUGCCCUUACAUAUAGAUCAACCCACAGGGAGCCCUGGAGGCAGGUUGCUUAAAGCCGAGGACCUCAAAUUGGGGUAUAAAACCUUUGUAAUGUAUCCAAUACAAUUAAUACAAGGGAGCUGAAUCACAUGUAUAAGCAUAACAGGGUUUGUGGAGAGCCAUAUCACUUUUGUCUUGUCAGGUUCUACCAAAACUUCAGCUGUAUAUGACUCCUCAUUGUCCCUGUGGACUGACUCCUAAGGGUACAUUUUAAAAAACUCUAGAAAAUCGAAAUACCGAGUGGUUUACUGACAGCAGUAGUUGCACAAAGUAUGGAGUUUAAAAGGCAGGUUAUGCCAUGGUGGGUCUUACUCAGGUGAUAGAAUCUCAGACAUUGCCAACUAGCACUUGAUCGCAAAAGGCCAAACUUACUGCUUUAACUAGAGCCUUGCAAUGGGGAAGAGCUAAUGAGUUAUGUCCAGACUCCAGUUUGUUUUCCUUGAGUUCCAUGCACAUGGAGCAAUUUGGAAAGGAAGAGCCCUCCCAACUUCAAAGAGCUCUCCCAUUAAAUAAGGAGAAGAGAUGUUAGCUCUCCUUGAGGAGCACUGGAGUCUUUAGAAAGUGGUUGUCAUUCACUGCAGGGGACACAAGAAGACAGCCAUGCUAUUCAGGGAAAUGUGCUAGCAGAUAAGGCAGCAAAAGUUGCUGCUGCAGGGCAGGUUCUAGAAAUAGCUUUGCUACCUGAGCUUUUUGGUCACUAAGUAUCCUCACUACACAAACCCUGUCAUAGAAUGUUCUCCUCAACCAGGGAACAUGAAGGACGCCAGUGGAGGUGGGCGUUCAGUCAUAAGCCCAUGUGCUGAAUGGGGAGUUAUUAAUAUAUGACUCUCCCUAUUUGGAAGAGAAGGUUUAAUGCCAGGAGUUCCUUGGGUAUUUGGAGGGUAAAGGCUGCAUACUGUCAUAAAGAAAGUACCUCAGCAUGUGGUGACUGCUUUAGGUUUUUCUUAUCUCCAUACCCCUUGGAGACCUUAGUCAUCAAAGUCAAAAAGCUAAUCAUAUUCUUACAAAAGUCCUGGUGAAUCUUUGCCAAGAGACCUCAGAAAGAUGGCUUAAAUUCUUACCUAUUGCCCUCAGGAUGAAAGUGGCACCUAAGGCUGCUUUAAAACUGCCUGUCUAAAAUGCUAUGUAAAAAGGUCUUCUUAACCUCUGAUACCCUCUUUCACUCAGGGAUACAGAUCAGGUAAGAAUUUAUUAUUAAUCUUUUUCCUAUACAAGAGGCUAAUGGACUGUGGUAAUAAAAUUCUCACAGUGCCAGGUCCCAAAAUCAUGAACAGCCUGUCCCCAGGAGACCAAGUCUUAAGAGACAUUUGGAGCAAAGACUCUUCCUCUGAUCAAUUGCAGCCUAGAUGAAAGGGAUCCUACCAGGUGCUACUCAGCACUCCUACUGAAGUCAAAUUCAGGGCAUCCCAAGCUGGGUACAUUUGUCAAGGAUCUCAGUUCUACCUCUUUAGUCUUCACAGGGGCACACAGAGAACAAGUCUGCUCAUUCUUGUGAAUGCAUCCAAGAUCUCGAAUACAUCUUCAAGGGGCAAAAGGAAUUCGACAGCUUCUCAAAAUGAUGAUGACCAUGCAAGGGCAACAGCGAUUGGCCGUGACAAUGAAAAUUCCCCAGCUCAUGAGAUGGAUCGAUUAGAUGAGAUAAGAAGAGGUUUCCGAACCUGGAUAGGUAGGGACAACGCCCCUGGCCAGCAGGAAGUAGCUACAGAAGACGGAUCAUCAUCCUUCAGCACCCCCUUAAGAUUAAGGGUUGGAAAUCUCUGCGGGGGGAUGAGAUGGGAUAAGGCAGGUAGCUAGCUUAGGGCCACAGAGCUGGAAGUCCCAAGUCACAAGCGCUCGCCCCCAUGUAAUUCUAUCCUACUUGUCCAAUAAACUGCCCCUUACUGGGGCGUGUUUCCUUCUGGGUGGAGCACGUGCCAUGUGAAGUUCCACCACACUUCUACCUCAAAAGCAGCCCGCACUGGAAGAAGUGUGUCCUGCUCUUGGGAGACGGAUGCUGAGGUGCUGUCUCUCCACUUCUCCUCUUACCUCCAUUUUCCCCGGCCCACUCCCCACCCAUGCUCAUGUUUCCUUUAUCAUCCCUUAAAUAAAUGUUAUCAUUUUGUGUACUGUACAUGUUUCUGUGCUUCAAAUGCUUUUCUAGGUAGAAGGCAAAGACCUGGAAUAAGAUUAGACCCCACUUCAGGGUUAAGGUUCUGUUUGCAACAGAAGGAUCCCAUAUCAGAGGGCCAGUUCAAGUCCUGGCUACUCCACUUCCUAUGCAGUUGCCUAUUUAAGCACACUCUGCUUUGCAGAUAGCAGGUGAUGGCCAAAGAGCUUGGGCCUCUACCACGUGGGAAAGACAGAUGAAAUUCUGGGAUCUUAGCUUCAUCUUGGCCAAGCUUCAGCCAUUGUGUCCAUGUGGGGAGUGAACCAGUGAAUGGAAAAUGUGUUGUGUGUGUGUGUGUGUGUGUGUGUGUGUAUGUGAGAGAGAGAGAGAGAGAGACUCUGCCUUUCAUAUAAAUAACAACAAAUAUUUUUAAAAAACAGAUUGUACCAGGAGGUGGGGAUCAACAGUGGCUAUCUAAGAGCCUGCCUACACAAUUCAGGCCAUGAAUGAACCUAGAAUGUUCUGUGUGGCACCUGAAACAUGUAAACCAUACAAGCAGGAACAAACUCCAUGAACAAGGUGCCUCCAAUAGGUUUUCUACUUAAUUUAAUGGGAAUAUGGAGGCUCAGUGGUGAAGUAAAUUGACAUCGGUAAGAUACUGCUACCAGUGGAGCAACAUUGAGAACCUGGGCCAAUCUCACUCUAAACACAGGCUUUUUCCUUUGCACUUCCCUUCUCUGAUUCUCAUUAGAGUGGUGUAAGAUACACACUUUGGGGUGGGCAUUUGGCUUAGAGGUUAAGUCACUGCUUGGGACAUGCACAUCCCAUAUCAGAUUCCUUGGUUUAAAUCCUGGCUCUGCCUCCAAUCCUAGGUUCCUGCUAGUGCACAACCCACAAAGGAGCAGAUGAUGGCUCAACAACGUGGGAGACACAGAUGGAGUUCCAGGCUCCGUGGUGUUGCCUGCCAUGGCCUGGCUCUUACAGGCAUUGGAGAUUGAGCCAGCAGUUGGAAGAUAUCUAUGUCUCUCUUUCUUAUAAUAAUAAUGAUAAUAAAUGAAUAACAUAAUAAAAAGCCUAAACCCUGACACUGAGCAGGUGUUGGCAAAAGUUCAUUCCUAGAAUUUCAGCAAACAGUUACCACAGAUACAGGCAAUGACACCUAUGCUUGCAUUGCCAUCUCUUCUAAAACCAGCCUGGAGGCAUCUGGGAAAUGUCCCAGCUCAGUUAGUGGAGGAAAUGAGCACCCAGUUGAUCCCAGAAAAGCCAGCUGGGUGGUAAAAGUGAAGGCAAAGACAGGAUGCUGGGGCUGCCUCCUCCACUUCUAUCAUUUGUCAUGUCACACAUGAUGUGCUCACACUGGCCCUGCCAACUCCACAGGCCAUUUAGGGUUACCUAUGGGGCAGGUGUUUAAUUGGAGUUUUUUUUUUAAUUUUAAUUUUUAUUUUUGACAGGCAGAGUGGACAGUGAGAGAGAGAGACAGAGAGAAAGGUCUUCCUUUGCCGUUGGUUCACCCUCCAAUGGCCGCCGCGGCCGGCGCGCUGCGGCCGGCGCACCGCGCUGAUCCGAUGGCAGGAGCCAGGAGCCAGGUGCUUUUCCUGGUCUCCCAUGGGGUGCAGGGCCCAAGCACCUGGGCCAUCCUCCACUGCACUCCCUGGCCACAGCAGAGGGCUGGCCUGGAAGAGGGGCAACCGGGACAGAAUCCGGCGCCCCGACCGGGACUAGAACCCGGUGUGCCGGCGCCGCUAGGCAGAGGAUUAGCCUAGUGAGCCGCAGCGCCAGCCCUUAAUUGGAGUUUAAGAAGCCCAUGUCCCACUCUGGAGUGCUUGAAUAAAGUCCUGCAAUUGGCUCUUGACUCCAGCUUGCUGCCAAUACACAGCCUGGGAACCAACAGUCAUGGCUCAAGUGAUUGGAUCCCUGAACAGAGUUGUUGGCUCCUGGCUUUGGCCUGGCCAAGCCCUGGUCAUGGUGGGUAUUUGGAGAAUGAACCAUCAGAUGGGAGCUUGCUGGCUCUCUGUGUUCAAAUAAAUGCCUACUUGCAAAAUUUAAGCUAAAAAUAAAUUUGCCCAUAAUAUUGCUCAUAGGCACUUGCUUUAACCCAGGGAUACAGUAACAUGCAAGAUGUGUUUAAUUAGGGACUUGUGUUGUGAUGCAGCACGUUAAAGCACCACCUGUGAUGCCAGCAUCCCGUGUCAGAGCACUGGUUCAAGUUCUGAUGCUCCAUGUCUGAUCCAGCUGGUGUAUAUCUGGGAGAGAAGUGAGGUAUGGCCUGAGUGCUUGGCCAUCUCCUGAACUUGCCCCUACUACCCACAUGGGAAACCCCAGUGAAGUUCCUGGCUCCAGGCCUUGUUCAGCCCUCUUUUAGCCAUUUGAGGAGUGAACCAACAAAUGGAAGAUUUCUCUCUCCUCAUCUCCUUCUUUCUCCCUCUCUCUCCAUUUUAAAUAAAUAAUCUUUUUAAAGAAAGAUUCAGUGAUCCAACCAUCAUCCCCAGACAUGUAUGUUGAUUGCUAAGCAUUCACCACCAACAAAAGCUAGCAGAGCUGUGUGAUUUGGGAAGCUUGCAGCCUUGCAAAGUAAAAGUCAUCACUCCCACUUUGCAGAGAGGGAAAAAGACAGUCUGACACUUGCCAUAGGUGAAAUUGGCAU